AUGGACCCCUUUUGGGACCGUGGUGGAAAUUUAUCAGUACCAGCGCGUUGGGAGGACAGAAAUCUACGCAACUAUUUGAACAAACCUGGUAUCGAAAAAGCAAGUCGAUGGAUCGGAGGUAUAUAUGACUACGUGUCAAAAGCUUGGAAGUGGGGCGGCGAAUUGAAGGAGAUGCAUUACCAGUCUUUUAGCAAGAUGAAGAAGAUGACACCAGAAGAUCUACAGUUCCACUGCAUUGCUAUGACGCCCGAAUUACUCUACCGUUGGGCCGCCCGCAGCUGCUACGAGCCGCGCCAAUUUAUCUGCCAGACGAAACUCAGGAAAGUACCCAAGUCUAAACUCAAAGAACUACGACUUCGUUACCAACGGAUGGGUAAAAUCAACGAAAUAACAGCCCCCAGCGUUAGCAGAGAGGUCGACGACCCGCGAAUCAAUGACGUCACCAGUAAUCCUGUCAAAAACCCAAAAUCAUACGAUUUAAGACCCAGCCCUCUAAGAAAAUUGCCGAAACGACGGCAGCAUAAACUAAGGAAUAACAUGAAGACGUAUGACUUGAGACCGAGCGAGGUCAGGAAGCGAUCACGGCCCGACGUGCAGCGAAGACUGACUAGACCAUUCCCAGGUUACCAAUGGAACCGACGCGACCCCGAAGGCUCUUACCGACGAAACGCUGACAUUCUGCUAUCAGGACGGACUGGGCUAAGUCCACAACAAAUCAAAGUUCAUCUAUCUAGACUAGAACACCUACGAGACAGGCAACUAGCCAGACAGAAACGCCUCAGAGAAAAUGACGACUGGCUGGUAAACGAUCCGCCGGCGAUUGUCCACACUCACGCUAGGACAUAUACAGUAGACAAUAAUAUUAGUGCUCUCCAUCCGAAGACAAUAGUGGAGGAGUUUGACAUGUUACCACCGCCGCCACCGGCUGUCAUCCCACGCCCAGUACGCAAUAUUUGGUGA